UUAUGGUCAAGUGCUUGUGCUUGGAUGUAGCAAAAUUGGCUAUUUUUAUUUUUAAUAAAAUGAUUAUCGUGAAAUAGAUCAGUUGAUUCGUUUAUUUUUUUAUAGUAAUGUAAUGUGCAUAUAAUUAGUUAUAAGGGAAAUCGAUUUGUUAGCAAAAAUGAGUGGGAAUGGUGGUAAGGGUUUUGGUUUCGCUGGGUUCUCGAUGCCCAAGCGGAAUCCCUCGAAUGUGUCGUUACACGCAGUGCCUCCUCCUACGGCCAUGAACAGCGUUCCUCCCCCGGCGGGGCUGUCGAAGCAGGGCUAUUCAACUAUGAAUGCUAUCACGCAAAAUGCUAUGACCGGCAAUUGGGGGACCUUGGGAAAGAAACGCUCAAAGACAGAAGACGAAUAUUUUGACGAUGAUGACGAGCCUCCAACACCAGCUCUAGCAUACAUCCCGGCACCAGGCAGCCCCAGCUAUGACAUGGCUAAGUCUCAUGACAAUGAAGAAGAAGAUCCCCUUGACGCGUACAUGGCUGGUUUGGAGCAACAAGCGGCAAAAGACAUGAAGACAAGCAAAGAGAAUGAAGCAACAGGCAAGGGUGAAACAGCCAGAGGCACGCGGGGAGAUAUUGAUGAAAUGGACGAUGAAGAAAGCUAUUAUAAAUAUAUGGAAGAAAAUCCACUUAGUGCUGCAGAUGACACUUCAGACGUUGAAAUCGAGUAUGACGAAGAUGGCAACCCCCUUGCUCCUCCCAAAAAGAAGUUCAUAGAUCCCCUACCUCCUAUAGAUCAUUCGGAAAUUGUAUAUGAACCAUUUGAAAAGAACUUCUACACCCCACACGAAGAUAUAGAGAAACUAACACAUGAACAAGUUGAAGAAUUGAAAAAUAAUUUAGGUGUACAGAUAUCAGGACCUGAACCACCACGACCAGUCAGCAGUUUCGCCCAUCUUGGCUUUGACGAACAGCUAAUGAAAGCUAUCCGUCGCUCAGAGUACACGCAACCCACACCUGUACAAGCGGCCGGUGUACCCGCCGCUUUAUCUGGAAGAGAUCUUAUUGGUAUUGCUAGAACGGGAUCGGGUAAGACGGCGGCGUUCUUAUGGCCUUUGCUGGUACAUAUCAUGGAUCAAAAGGAAUUAGCACCCGGCGAUGGACCUAUUGGAUUAAUUCUGGCACCGACGAGAGAAUUGGCACAACAGAUUUACAUGGAGGCGAAGAAAUUCGGCAAAGUGUAUAAUAUUCGAUGCGUAUGUUGCUAUGGUGGUGGAUCGAAGUGGGAGCAGACAAAGGCGUUAGAAGGUGGUGCUGAAAUCGUCGUAGGCACCCCGGGUCGUGUUAUAGACAUGAUAAAGUGUAAAGCGACCAACUUGCAGAGGGUCACGUAUUUGGUGCUAGAUGAAGCGGAUAGAAUGUUUGACAUGGGUUUUGAGCCGCAGGUGCGCUCGAUCUGCGCGCACGUGCGGCCCGAGCGGCAGGCGCUGCUGUUCUCCGCGACGUUCCCGCGCCGCGUGGAGCGCCUCGCCCGCGACGCGCUGCACGACCCCGUGCGCGUGCAGCACGGCGCCGCCGGCCAGGCGUGCCAUCUGGUGGCGCAGCACGUGCGCAUAUUCAACAAACCAGAAGAAAAAUGGCCGUGGCUACUGCACAAUCUCGUUGAGUUUUUGUCAGCGGGUAGCAUUUUAAUAUUCGUUACCAAAAAGCUAGAAGCGGAACAAACAGCUGCGAACUUGGGCGUGCAACAAUAUGACGCACUAUUGUUGCACGGUGACAUGGAACAAGCUGACAGGAACAAAGUGAUCACCGCGUUCAAGCGGCAGGAGCAGAACAUACUUGUUGCUACUGAUGUUGCAGCUCGCGGUCUUGAUAUCCCGCACAUACGUACCGUGAUCAACUACACAGUAGCUCGUGACAUCGACACGCACACGCACCGCGUGGGGCGCACGGGGCGCGCGGGGGUGCGGGGGGACGCGUAUACAUUGCUGGCGAGGGAUAAGGAUAAGGAGUUUGCGGGGCACUUGCUGAGAAACUUGGAAGGUGCUCAACAGGAAGUUCCCGAAGAAUUGACACAAUUGGCGAUGCAGUCCGCUUGGUUCAGGAAGUCGCGUUUCAAGAAGGGAAAAGGCAAAAACUUGAAUAUCGGCGGCUGUGGUUUAGGGUAUAAAGAGAGGCCCGGUCUACCCAAUGUGACAGAAGAGCCAAUAGUGAAUGUUCCCAGUGGCGGGCCGGCCACCGACAGACUGGCGUCGCUCAAACAAGCCUUCCGCUCGCAGUACAAUAAGUUCACAGCGUCCACGGACCACUCGUGGGAACAAACUCGCGAAGUGCUGCAGCCCGGUGUGAACGCGCCCGCACAGCCCGAGCGCACGCGACGCUCUGGCAAGAAGAGCCGCUGGGAGUGAUUAUAUAUGUACCUAAAUA